CUCGCAAAAUCUUCCAGAGCGUAGGAUUCGUUAUGGACACCGCGCGGUCACGACAUUUGAAAAGAUUACUCUUCAGUAUUCGCCGGCAGGCCGCUUUAUGCGGGCGGUAUUUAGCCCCGUCACAAUUAUUGUCGGUCAUGUUGUCAAUUUGGUUUGCUUCUUCGACUAUAUACAUCUCUCUAAUGUUGUUUAUUGAAGGUAACUCAGAUUACUAUGCGUUGGCGGGUAACAUGUCGUUUUUCAGCGUUUUUUCGAUGUAUCGAGUAUUCACAAAAAUUCGGGCAGGAGUACGAAUUACUGCGGAAGAAAAGGAAAUCGCAGACAUUCUUAAAGGGUUAGAGUUUGAAGGCAUAAAGGAUCAAGUGUGGACGAGAAAUGAGAUCAAAUGCAUUUACACUGAAUUGUCCUUUUUUCCAACGGAAAUUUCUCUAAGUGGUUAUGCUAAGCUGAACAACUCAUUAACCUUAAGUAUAUUUGGCCAAGUCUGUACGCUGUUCAUUGUAUUUAUGCAAUUAAACAUAAACUGACAAUAUCA